UUGGUUAGUUGCGCCAAAAAUUCUGUAACUGUGGUCAAAAACCUCGAAGCAUAACAACUUCCAUUCCAUCAUUUCAUUUUAAUAUUAGUUUUAGAUACAUUUUAAGAAUGGCCAAAUCACCAUCUGUAAUACACUGGUUUCGAUUAGAUUUGCGCAUCCAUGACAAUCUUGCUCUUCGCAACGCAAUUAAUGAGGCUGAAAAUCGUAAACAUUUAUUGCGGCCAGUUUAUGUGUUGGAUCCUGACAUAACAAGUAAAGUCGGAGUAAAUAGACUAAGGUUUCUGCUACAAAGUUUGCAAGACCUUGAUGCCAAUUUACGAAAACUAAACACUUGCUUAUUCAUUAUCAGAGGUAAAGCUUCAGAAGAACUUCCAAAAUUGUUUGAUAAAUGGCAAGUAAAGUAUUUGACUACACAAAUUGAUAUUGACCCAGAAAUAAUUAAGGAAGAAGAAUUAAUAGAAAAGAUUGCUAAUGAGAAAGAUGUAUUUAUAGUUAAGCGAGUUCAACAUACUGUAUAUGAUGCACAUAGCGUUCUAAAGAAGAACAAUGGGAGUGUGCCAUUGACAUACCAAAAGUUUCUGUCAUUAGCACAAGAUAUACAAGUGAAAGAUACCAUUGAAAUUACAAAGCAGAUUUCAGAUCAUUGUAAACCGCAAGAUUUAAGUGAAGCCUGUAAUGUACCUACUUUAAGUGAUUUGGGUAUAGAUGAGUCUGAACUUAAACCAUCUAAAUAUCCAGGAGGAGAGACCGAAGGGCUAAAAAGGUUGCACUUGUAUAUGGCAAAGAAGCAGUGGGUUUGUAAAUUUGAGAAGCCCAAUUCAUCUCCAAACAGUAUUGAACCUAGUACUACAGUGCUCAGUCCAUAUAUUAGCCAUGGAUGUGUGUCAGCCAAGUUGUUCUACCACAAGUUGAAGGAGGUUGAAAGUGGGUUACCCCACACAAUGCCACCCGUGUCUCUUAUGGGUCAACUCAUGUGGAGAGAAUUUUAUUACACUGCUGGAACUGGGACAGAAAACUUUGACAAAAUGGUUGGAAAUAAACUGUGCACACAAAUACCUUGGGGAAAAAAUGAUGAUCAUUUAAAAGCCUGGGCACAAGGCAGGACUGGGUACCCCUUUGUGGAUGCCAUAAUGCGUCAGCUGAAAGAGGAAGGCUGGAUACAUCAUUUGGCACGCCAUAUGGUUGCUUGUUUCCUGACCAGGGGAGACUUGUGGAUUUCUUGGGAAGAAGGUGCUAAGGUUUUUGAAGAUUACCUACUGGACUAUGAUUGGUCAUUAAAUGCAGGCAACUGGAUGUGGCUUUCAGCAUCAGCAUUCUUUUAUAAAUAUUUCAGAGUGUACAGUCCUGUUGCCUUUGGCAAGAAAACUGACAAAGAAGGGUUGUACAUACGGAAGUAUGUACCUGAAUUAAAGAAAUACCCUGCUGAAUAUAUCUAUGAACCAUGGAAAGCGCCCAAGAAUGUACAAAAAGCAGCUGGCUGUAUUAUUGGAGAGGGUUAUCCACAAAGAAUUGUAGACCAUGACAAAAUUCAUAAAGAAAAUAUGCAAAAAAUGUCUAUCGCUUACAAAGUCAAUAAAGAAAAGAAGUCUUUAAAGAGACCAAGGUCUUAAGUAUCAAUCUCAUGUUUGAUUAUUAUAUGUAAUUGAAAAGAACAAAUAAGCAUUGAUAAGUCUGAAUAAAUCAAACUUUAUUUUGUUGAA